AUGCUCGGCUCCUCUCCAGGACUUGCGAGGUGGAGCCCCCGGCGGCCCUGGCUCUGUGCCCGCCUCACCCCUGGAGGUCGUGGGGCCGCGCCGGAAGUAGACCCGAGGCCGGAACUGGUCCCGCCCACUCGCGGGCCCGAGUGCUUCCGGGUCAGGGGAGGGCGAGCUGAGCGCGGCAGAUUUGAAGUACGGGCAGGGCAGACGGUCCUUUUGGCAGCUGUGGAGGAGGAGGUGGAAGUGGACGUGGUGGUGGCGCCGGGCGUCAGGCGACGGCCACGAUCGGGCCUGGGGGACCUGGAGCAGGCGCUGCCCUGCGUGCCGGAGACGCCGUCCAUCCAUGUGGAGGUGCACCAGCGAAGCGGCAGCACGGCAAAAAAAGAAGACAUAAAGCUGAGUGUUAGAAAGCUACUUAACAGACAUAAUAUUGUGUUUGGUGACUACACGUGGACUGAGUUUGAUGAUCCUUUUCUGACCAGAAAUGUGCAGUCUGUGUCUAUUGUUGACACGGAAUUAAAGGUUAAAGACCCACAGCCCAUUGAUUUGAGUGUGUGCACUAUUGCACUUCACAUCUUCCACCUAAAUGAAGAUGGCCCCACCAGUGAAAAUUUGGAAGAAGAGACAGAAAAUAUAAUUGCAGCAAAUCAUUGGGUUCUGCCCGCAGCUGAAUUCCACGGGCUGUGGGACAGCCUGGUGUAUGAUGUGGAAGUCAAAUCUCACCUCCUCGAUUAUGUGAUGACAGCGUUACUGUUUUCAGAUAGGAAUGUUGACAGCAAUCUCAUCACCUGGAACCGGGUGGUGCUGCUUCACGGUCCUCCAGGAACUGGAAAAACAUCCCUGUGUAGAGCCUUGGCCCAGAAAUUGACCAUUCGACUUUCAAGCAGGUACCGAUAUGGCCAACUAAUUGAAAUAAAUAGCCACAGCCUCUUUUCUAAGUGGUUUUCAGAAAGUGGCAAGCUAGUAACUAAGAUGUUCCAAAAGAUCCAGGAUCUGAUUGAUGACAAGGACGCUCUGGUGUUCGUCCUGAUUGACGAGGUGGAGAGCCUCACAGCUUCCCGCAACGCCUGCAGGGCAGGCACUGAGCCUUCAGAUGCCAUCCGUGUGGUCAACGCUGUCUUGACCCAAAUCGAUCAAAUUAAAAGGCACUCCAAUGUGGUAAUACUGACCACUUCCAACAUCACGGAGAGGAUCGACGUGGCCUUCGUGGACAGGGCUGACAUCAGGCAGUAUAUCGGGCCCCCCUCUGCAGCAGCCAUCUUCAAAAUCUACCUCUCCUGUUUGGAAGAACUGAUGAAGUGUCAGAUCAUAUACCCUCGCCAGCAGCUGCUGACCCUCCGAGAACUGGAGAUGAUUGGCUUCAUUGAAAACAACGUGUCGAAGUUGAGCCUCCUUUUGAGUGAAAUUUCAAGGAAGAGCGAGGGCCUCAGUGGCCGUGUCUUAAGAAAACUCCCUUUUCUGGCUCAUGCCCUGUUCAUUCAGGCUCCCACUGUCACCAUCGAGGGCUUCCUCCAGGCCCUGUCUCUGGCGGUGGACAAGCAGUUUGAAGAGAGAGAGAAGCUUUCCUCUUGUGAUUGAUUGAGCAGGGCUCCCUGCCUGUGGUUUUCAAAUCAUGCAUGCAACCAGUGAGGUCACUUCCCCAGAAAUCUGUACAACGUGGCAUAGACCUGCAGGGCCAAGCAUUAUGAAAAGAAAGUGCUGUAUUUAUAUAUUUUAAAAUGCAUGUUAGAAGGCAGGUGGCCUGUCAUUUUCACUGUUUUAAAGGGAGAUAGUUCAAGUUCUGUUAUCUCUUUGUACAGACCUGUCUAGAUGUGUUUCAUCCUGCCUGUGGUUGAUCGGACACAAAAUGUUUACAAAUUUUGUUUAAAAAUGAUGACUAGUAUAGGUUAGAGAAACAAAAGAGAAAUUACAUUGCCGUAAAUAAGAAUCUGGUCAUAGCAUUAAAAAUGUAAAAAUCACUCAAGAUAGAAGGUGGCACUUGCUACCUGCAGUGAGCUUGUUUUACUUACUGCAGACAUUGCAAAGACUAUUUAAUGCAUAAGGAAAAGCUAUUCCUGUGUUACAGAAAUCAAGAAAAAAUUCUAGGUAAAGUGUUCUUCACAGCAGUCAGAUGUGGCCUCCUUGUGGGAAGGCAGUCCUCGACGUUCCUCCGAACGCCUGUCAGAUGCCCCUCAGCCACGCAGGCAAGGGUGCAGCAGCGCCUCUCCCUGCAUUCAGUUCAGUAGCGUUAUCACAGUUCAAGUGAAAAUUCACAUUAACAGAUGUGAAACAACUGGCCAUUAAUUGGUAUAUUCCACAGAAUAUUAUGUUUUGCUUUUAUCUCACGCUAAAAUAAAUUUUAUAUUAGUGUUUUGUACACAUUUUUUAAAGAACGU